CGCGGCCCUGAGGAGCCCAGGCGGCUGCGGAGCGGCGACGCGGCACCAUGGGCCGGCUGCUGAGGGCCGCGGGGAAGACGCCGCUGCUGCCGCUGCCGCUGCCGCUGUUGCUGCUGUUGGCCGGAGGAGCAUCCCUGGUCACGUGUGCAGCCGGGUCCGAGGAGCCUGGCCCGGAGGGCCUCACCUCCACCUCCCUGCUGGACCUCCUGCUGCCCACUGGCCUGGAGCCGCUGGACUCGGAGGAGCCCAGCGAGGCCAUGGGACUGGGGGCUGGCCUGGGAGCCCCUGGCUCUGGCUUCGCCAGCGAAGAGAGCGAAGAGUCCCGCAUCCUGCAGCCGCCGCAGUACUUCUGGGAAGAGGAGGAGGUGCUGAACGACUCUAGUCUGGACCUGGGACCCACUGCAGAUUACGGUUUUCCAGACCUGACUGAGAAGGCUGGUCCCAUAGAGGAUACCGGCCAGAGUCAAGAGGGGGCGAGCCUCCCGUCUCCCCUGCCCAAGAUGAGCCUGGUGGAGCCACCCUGGCAUGUGGUCCCCGGAGAGGAGGAAGAGGAGGAGCAGCUGCUGCCUGUGACCAGGUCCCAAGAAGAAUCCCAAAGUCAGGUCCACGGCUUUCCUCCCACCGGCAGCAGCCAGACCCCAGGGGCCCCCGAACACCGGCACGAAGAGUCUGGGGACCAGGCCUCCUCGGGUGUGGAGGUGGGGAGCAGCAUGGAGCCGAGCCUUUCCCCGCCCACAAUCACCCCAAGUCCAGUGACCCUGGGGGGUCAGGAUGUGGCCGACUGGGGGGCAGGGGGCACGGCGCUGCCAGCCGCAGGGCACGGGCUAGAGUUGGAGGCCCCUCGGGAGCCCAGUGAGGAGGCCACUGCGGGAACAGCUGGCUUGGCCGGCCGGCCGGGGGAGGGACCGUCCCCGGCCUCGUUCCCUCAGACAGAAGCUCCCAGCGGGGCUGAGGCCUCAGACGAAGACCCCACGCACCCUGGAGCCUCAGCCUCUUUCUCACUGGCCCCUGGAGACCUGGAGCUGACACCUUCCUCUGCUGCCGUGGGACGAGAAACCCUCAGCCAGCUGCCCCAGGAAGGGCAGACCGCCGACGCUCCGUCUAGAACACCCUGGGACUCCACGCAGGUGAUCUGCAAAGACUGGAGCAACCUAGCCGGAAAGAACUACAUCAUCCUGACCAUGGCGGAGAACGUGGACUGUGAGGUGUUCCGGCGGCACCGGGGGCUGCAGCUCCUGGCCCUGGUGGAGGGGGUGCUGCCCCGCCACGGCAGCGGCCGCCACGGGGACUGGCACAUCUCCCUGAGCAAGCCCAGCGAGAAGGAGCAGCGCCUGCUGAUGGCCUUGGUGGGCGAGCAGGGGGUGGUGCCCACUCAAGACGUCCUCUCCAUGCUGGGCGACAUCCGCAGGAGCCUGCUGGAGAUUGGCAUCCAGAACUACUCCACCACCAGCAGCUGCCAGGCCCGGGCCAGCCAGGUACGCAGCGACUACGGGACGCUCUUUGUGGUGCUGGUGGUCAUCGGCGCCAUCUGCGUCAUCAUCAUCGUGCUCGGCCUGCUCUAUAACUGCUGGCAGCGCCGGCUGCCCAAGCUGAAACACGUGUCGCACGGCGAGGAGCUGCGCUUCGUGGAGAACGGCUGCCACGACAACCCCACGCUGGACGUGGCCAGCGACAGCCAGUCGGAGAUGCAGGAGAAGCAGCCCAGCCUGAACGGCGGCGGCGCCGUCAACGGCCCGGGGGGCUGGAGCGCGCUCAUGGGGGGCAAGCGCGACCCCGAGGACUCGGACGUAUUCGAGGAGGACACGCACCUGUGAGGGGCUGUGCCCCGCCCGGCCCUCGUCGCGGGGUCCCUGCUUUCCCCCGACUCACGGCGCAACUCGGCCCCGUCCCCGUCCCCACCCGAGGCCCCGAGGGGCUGCCCCGGGACCCCAUUAAAGCCGCCCGGAGAGCACGCCGGGCCUCGCGCA